GGAUCUCUUUUCAAGUAGGGUUCAACAAAUACAUCGAUAUCUCAAGAUCAGCGUGUGUUUGUCACUCGUGAGUUAAGUUGACCUAGCUUCGUAUUUAAACGGAUUUAAUAUAAGUCGAUAAAAAGUGCAUGUACAGUGUGUUCGUAUGUCCGCCAACAAGCAUCAUGGAAAAUACAAUAAAGGCUGAGCAUGACACAAAGGAGUUAAAGCGGUCACGUAUCUUAGUAGUCGCCCCGGGAAAACAUUACGACACAACGGUGAAGAGGCACAUUAGGACAAAACAGGACCGGGGAUCAUACAAAAAUUGUACAUUUAUUUUCUAUUGGGACUUAUAUGUUGUAGAAAAGCCAGUUGAUUUGGAAGUUAUUUACAGAAACGCAUCUGUGAUUGUGAAUUCGGAGAAUAUAGAUUGCGUGAUAGGUGUCGCUGACGUUGGCGGCCUUGUCCAAGCGGCGCUGGUGGCGACAUUUCCUCACCUAACGGGGCCAGCGUUCGAAGGUUCAUUUGUCUGUCUUAACAAAUACUACACCAGACUUUUGAUUGGUUCCAAAGCAAACGUGAAUGUUAACUAUGACUGCGCUGAUGUGAUGAAGUUCGAUUUCAGUAGCAAACAUGCGAUGUUAACUGCUCCAAAUGACUUUCCUGUGUUCGUUAAACCCGCCAUGGGGACGACAUCGUGUUUGGUUGGAAUCGCUUCAGACGAGGAAAGUCUCGGAAACUACAUGAAUCUCAUCAAAGAUGACAUAAAGGUGGUUCUACAACCGUUUCGGGGUCUAAUCAAGAAGUUCCUGAACUUGGACCUCUAUCCACAAGCUCUGAGUGGAAUCGUCAUGCUGGAAGAGUACGUAGACAUUGGAAAGACGCCGGUAACUAUACACACAAUAGACGGUAUCGUUGGGCAUGGGAAAAUAGUCCCUUGGGCUAUAAGCGAUAAUAUUUACUUCAAGCACCGACCCCAAUGUUUUCAGGGAGUCGGCCUUCCCUCAGUCCUGGCAGAGGAAACACAAGACAACAUGUGGAGAGUGUACGUAGCGCUUGUUGAAAAUCUUCAAAAAUAUGGCUUUGAUAACGAAUUUGUCGAUGCAGAGGUGUUCGUUUUCAGCGACGGAACCAUCAAGCUAAUGGAGAUGAACGGGAGAAGUUUCCCAUUAAUGUUCAAGUUGUACGAUGAGGUGUUAAACAAGGGAGAUAUCAUUGAGGCACACCUUAACAUCAGCAGAGGUGUAAUUCCAGAAACCCCUACACACAAACCCGACCGAUACGGGUUGUACGUGUAUAUGGCUACUUUUGGUUCUGGAAAAGUUGCCGAUUUUAUCGACCUUGACAAGCUCUCGGAGUAUUCCGACAUCGCAACAUUUGGCCAUGAAGCCGAUACUGUAGUUGAACCAAAGGGAGAGUCAGGGUUCAACCUUGGAUUUCUCAGUAUCAUAGAUUCUUCUUAUCAGGCUUGCGUGGACAAAAUGGAAGUUUUGAAAGUGAGUCUACUGAAACAUCCAGAAUACUCGCCUUGGUGGAAUAAUUAAUGAAGAUUAUUCAUAAAGGCUGAUCUGAUAUACCAAUUUUUGGAGCAACAAGUCCCAAAAUGUAUCAUUUAUUUCGAUUCUAAAUUGCCGCAGAGCAGAGCAGUCGGAAGAUAUUUGUAAGUCGAAGCAACAGGGGAUUUUAGCCGGUGUAAAAGGGUAGGAGGUCCCAUCAAAUUAUGGUCCUACUCUCCAUUGAUUUAUAUGGUGACCUAAAUACAACUCUUUUCCUAAUUAUCUUAUACGCAAUCAGGGCCAGUAAGGGCCGUUAAGAAAGGGGACCAUAAUCCCUGGGGGACCAUCAUUUCUUUCACACCGGCUUAAAAACAUCGAUUUUAAGACUUAAUCUCAUAAUCUCAAAGCGUAACCAAUUAAAUAAAUGACAACGUAAUACUACAUAUGAAGACUUAUUGGGUAAAUUUUGAUAAAACUUCGUACAAUAAUACAAUACAUUGUGUUCGGUCAUGGGCUUUCAAGACUCUCCGACUCUCUUGUGAAAGUCUAUGGUUCGAUUUAGUGAUGAGCACUUGUAAAUAAAAUCUGCACUUGAAAAAUAAAAUCUGCACUUGAAAAUAAAAUCUAACUAGAUAA